UCUCUUCUUUCCUUUUUCAGAAUGGAAGGUUCGUCCCAACCGUGGGCUUCUCUAUCGAAAACAAAUCUCUGGCCUUCAUCCCCGGUGUCACGCCAUGUCCGGAGUCAGAAAACUGCCUGUCUUUCCGCUACUGCGCAGAAAACUGUCCCUGCCUGGGACCGGCAUGCACGGAAAACAAGUCAUCGGAUUUGCCGAUGAUUAUUGGAGUCUCUGUGGCUGCUGUUGUCCUCGUGGGUCUGCUGUCAAUGGCUGGUCUGCAUCUGAAGAACGAGGGCUUUCUUAGUUCGGUGUCUCCCAGGAGAAACAAAGGGAGAAACUGUUGGAAAGUCAGCCUGGAAGACAUCAAGUUUGCCGAUAGGAGCAGAGCCGUCUUACCCGGGUUGAGGUUCGGGUCUCCCGCGAGCGGUGCUGUUUCGGGCAAACACCAGUCCCUCCUCAGCUCGUUCACAGGGGCGAGUCACGCGUCACUGCUGAACCUGGGAACGACACGUAAGUUUGUGCCGUCAGUUGGGACGUACAGCGGCCGGCCGGUAGCCGUGAAGAAGGUGUCACUGGGAGACUUCAACAUCACUUCAAACGUGAAACGGGAGCUUGCACAGAUCUGCAGCUUUCACCACGUGAACCUGAACAUGCUGCACGGCAUCUGUUUCCCUCCACACGGCUCUGGUGACGUCACCAUUAUCAGCGACUACUGCCAAAGAGGGAGCUUGGAGGACAUCAUAGAGACGGAAGAAAUACGACUGGAUAACGUCUUUGUGUGGUCUUUCAUGAACGACUUGGUUAAGGGCAUGCUGUACCUACACAACAGCGAAGUCAAGUCUCACGGCAACCUGCGGCCCAGUAACUGCGUCAUCGACAGCCGCUGGGUGCUGAAGCUGACGGACUUCGGCUCCAUCAGCUGUGCCGCCAGCUGUGAGAAAACUCGGCAGGCGGAGGAUGUCGCCAGAUUCACUCGGAUGUUUUGGGUUGCUCCCGAGUUGUUACGCCGGGAAUGCCCAUUGAAAGGCUCCCAGAAGGGUGACGUGUACUCUUUCGCCAUGGUGGCCUAUGAAGUCGCCACCCGCUCAGCCCCUUACACCGAUAGUCAACUCACCCCGAGAGAGAUCGUCCGCAAGGUGAUCCGGCGGGAGGACCCCUUGAUGCGGCCAGAGACCGGAGAGGAUUUCUCCAGCAUGCCGGGGCUGGAGUCGCUCAUCAAGGACUGCUGGACCGAGCUCCCCGAGAACAGGCCUGACUUCACCGCCAUUAGGAAGAGAUUGAAAGGAAUGGAGUAUGGAAGAACUUUCAACAUCGUAGACAACGUGAUCGCGAAGUUAGAGAAGUACACUAAGAACCUGGAGAGCGUGGUGGCGGAGAGGACGGCCCAACUGGAGGACGAGAAACGGAAGACGGAACUCCUGCUGCAGAGAAUGCUACCAAAUUCGGUUGCGGACACGUUAAAGCAAGGUAAUCCAGUGACGGCAGAACAUUACGACAUGGCAACCAUCUUCUUCAGCGACAUCGUGGGGUUCACUGAAAUGGCGGCGGACAGCUCACCUAUGGAUGUAGUGACCAUGCUAAACGAUCUGUACUGCUGUUUUGAUGCCAUCAUUGACGGGUUUGACGUCUACAAGGUGGAGACGAUCGGAGACGCGUACAUGGUGGUGUCGGGUCUGCCCGAGCGGAACGGAGACCGACACGUCACGGAGAUUGCCGACAUGGCGCUCACGCUGUUACGGGACGUGCACAGCUUCCGCAUCAGUCACAAGGCCGACCAGAAGCUGCAGCUGCGGAUAGGCAUCCACACAGGUCCGGUGGUGGCGGGAGUGGUAGGGCUGACCAUGCCGCGCUACUGUCUGUUCGGGGACACCGUCAACACGUCAUCCCGCAUGGAGUCCACCGGCGCCCCCUUGCGGAUCCACGUGAGCGGCACCACGGCCAAAAUGCUGGCUCAGCACAAAGUCUACGACCUCGUGCUCCGGGGAGAGAUACAGGUCAAGGGUAAAGGGAAGAUGACCACAUACUGGUUGUUGGAUAAAGUCCAGAAAGGCCAAGAGGAGCCUGAAGAACCCCCAACACAGCCACAGCCACAGCCACAGCCUCAGCCACAGCCUGGCCAACACAAGAGACAGAAGACUGUCAUGUCUACCCUUGGGCAGAAGUCACUUGACUAGGAAAUGGUUAUCUCCAAGAAGAUGUUGGGAGGGAACCUGUCAAGUAUUGUCUGGGGUCAUGUUGUCAUCUCAACCAAUAAUAGAAUAGCCCAACCAAUCUUAAGUCAGGUUGAAAAGUCAUGACAUCAUGUCAUACCUCUGCCAUUACCUCAUAACCAUGUGGUCCUCGUGCAGCAUUGCUAUCGAUCACUUUUGGUACAAACCAUUUCUGAUACACUUCCUCACAAUUGUGUAUGAUUUGUUAUCAACUUGGAAAGUAUGUUUAGUCUAAACAUGUCACUGUACAUUGUGGCUGUACAUGGGGUCUUCAAAUAUUUGAGUAUGUUUUAUUAACUUUUUCUAGACUUAUCUGAAAACAUUUGCAAAUACAAGUAGCUUUUAUUGGCCAAGUUCAAAGAUGCAUUAUCUAUACUGCAGAAAUAUACACACACUUAAGCUGACAAUGCCUAUUGGGGCAUUUGCUGUGAUACAGAUAAGGAUUUUUCCAUUGGAACUGUUGCUGUAUGGCUGAAAUGUUUUACAAUACCUAAGCUUAGAACUUGUCAUUCUGUAAAACUAAUGUACAAUAGCAAACUUGUUUUGAAUUAAUUCUAUAGCAAAUCCCAGAUGCUCUGACUAUGUAGCCACACUUGUGUUGUGCUCUUCUUUGUUGGUGAGUUCUAAUUUCAAAAUGAGAGAAUUAGGAAAAAAA